AUGCGAGUCGUUGUGGCACCAUAUUGUGAGCUGUCCCCUGGGGCCACUGGCAACCCCGUCAGCCCUCAGGGCAACUCCCAGGGUGUCAAGCAGGAUUUUAAGCUCGAGUUUGGCCAUCAUCAAGGCAGGACAAGUUCUGUCUGGCAUGGAGGUACAGCUACCAUUGUUCAGAGCCCUGGAGACGAAGUAUGGGGAAUAGUGUGGAAGAUGAACACUAGCAAUUUAAGUUCACUGGAUAAGCAAGAGGGAGUUGAAGCUGGCGUUUAUGUCCCAAUAGAAGUUAAUGUCCACACUCAAACGGGACAGGUACUGACCUGUCGAAGCUACCAGAUGAAGGACUAUGUCUGUGGUCCCCCAUCUCCUCAGUAUAAAAAGGUUAUCUGCAUGGGUGCAAAACAGAAUGGCCUGCCAACUGACUAUCAACAUAAAUUAGAAGCUAUUGAAACUAAUAACUAUGCAGGGCCAGUGCCAAUCAUGGAAGAGAUUGAAGCAGCUGUUGAGGCAACGAAAAUAAAUUCUUCAUAGAAUACCUCUGCACUUGCUUGGCUGUUCACCUCGACCUAGGUAUCUCUCCUCACUGUGCUGAUCAGCAGUUUAUUUAUCAAGAAAAGAUGUUUGCUGUGUAUCUACAGGAAGCCAUUAGACAUAAUUUGCAGUCUGAAGACAUGCUGACAUUGGUGAUUUUUUAGUAUGUAUAGCUUGAGAACAUGCUGAAGUUUUUGCAGAUUUGGAAAUUAUCUUUUUGUAAUUGUCAUGCAGUGCUGCAAGUAAGUUUGUGCUUCAUGUCCUGCUUAUAGACUUUUUUAAAAUAAGGCCAUCUUGCUGGGUACUGGCAUCUGCUGCCUUCUGAGGAAUAAGGGCUGCAGGAUCAUGCCCUUCAUUUUUAAAUACUGUGUACACAAUUAUCAAUAUUUGUUACAGUGCAAAGUAGGCUCAAAACUCUAAAUGGAGACUAAACUUUUUUCCUCUGCUGCUUCUUUUAAUGGUUUAAACCCCA